AUGGCACAAGCUGAAGCCACCACGAAGACUGCCCUCUCACUUGGCCAGCACUUCCUCGAUAUCCUCAGUACUGGCGGAGGACCAACCGCCUUGGAGCCUCUUCUCUCAGAGAGCUUCACCUGGAAAAUCUUCCCAGAGUCUCUUGGCGCGUUGCCGCGCAACAAAGACGAUUACCUUCUCAUCAUUGGGAAUCUCAGCAACUUGUACAAGUCACUGAAGGCCACCAAAGUGCUGGAUACUGUCGAUGCCGGCGACUCCGCCGUGUUGCACCUCCACAUUCAGCUCCAACACGGCACAACUGAUGAAGUAUUCGGUUGCGAAUACAUCUUCAUUUUCCGUUCCAGCCCAGAUGGAAAGCUGGCGAGCGUAACCGAAUUUGUGGACGCGGAGGUUACUCGCAAGUCGUGGGCGGCUGGAGAUGGUGUUGGCUUCAACCUACUGAACAAGGAAUAA